GUUAUAUAAACUUUGUUCUUUGCUUCAAUUAUGAUCAGAUAAAAGUGUCAGUAGAUCUACUUUAUACUGUUAUAAUGACAACUGUAAUUGUAUUAGUUGUUAUCAUUAUAUCUGAAAUCGGUGUUUAUAUUAAUAACACAAUGUGGCAUUACCAGCGUAUAUCAAUGUACUGCAUACAUGGGACAAAUAAUUUAACAUAGCCGGAAAAAUUAUCAUACAGAUAUUGUUUUCAUUUUAUAUUGAAAAAUAGUUUACAUGGGACGAAUUAUUAAAUAUAUGUGAAACCAGCAAAAAGGAAGUUUGAUUUAGUUAACAAAUACAAACACUUUUGGAACACCAGAUAAAAACAAGAUGUCUGGUCGGUACGAACCGAACAUUGGUGAUUGUGGUGACGAAAAGAAACCUUUGGUGGAAACAGAGCAGACUGGUACGGUUGAAACUGUUAAACCACUUCCGGUCUGGAGAAAAAUAUGUUUUGCUGUAGGCGGCGCUCCUUACCAGACGACAAAUACUGUGAUCAAUUUCUUUCUAUCGAUAUUCCUCCUAGAAGUUGCAAAGAUACCACCAGGGUAUGUGUCCAUAAUAUUUUUUGCUGAAAAAGCAUGGGAUUCCAUAACCGAUCCCACGUGCGGAUAUAUUGUACAUAAAACUGACACGCGGUUUGGGAAGUAUAGACCAUGGAUUCUACUGUCGGCACCGUUUGCAUGUGGGUCAUACUUGUGUAUGUGGUAUGUGCCGGAUAUAUCGGAUGUAGGGAAGUUCGUCUGGUAUUUCUGUUUCUACUGUGGCUUUCAAAUGUUUUUAUCGGGUUUACAUGUCCCGUACACUUCAAUGACAAGGAAAAUGACUAUAACUUAUUCUCAGAAAGAUCAGGAUUCUGCCACAAAUUACAGAAUGGUAUCUGAAGCAUUUGGUGUAUUGUUAGCGGUUGUUGUAGAAGGUCAACUCGUUGGUAAAUACAGAAAGGCAGGUGAUUGUGCUGACAAUGGAAAAACAUCUGAUGAUCAAAUUGAAAAUGAGAAAGGCGCAUACAUCUUAGGAGCAGUAAUUGUAGUGAGUGCGUACAUGAUCUCUGCAGUCACAGUUUUCUUUGGAUCAAGAGAUUUCAGUUCAGCGGAUUCUGAUGGAUUUUUCUCUGGUGCUAAACAAGUUCUAACGUUCAGACCUUAUGUUUUAUUGUGCACUUCUUUUCUGUUUUUGUCUCUUGCAAUAGCGAUUGUACAAGGAAACUUGGCUUUGUUUUGUACACAUACAUUGAAAAUGGGGGAUGACUUCUCAAAUCUUAUUUUAGUUUUAUUGGUUUGUACAAUAGCGGCCAUGCCGCUCUGGCAAAAAUGCAUUGUCAAGUUUGGCAAAAAAACAACUUUUGCCACUGGAAUGAUAUUUUUUAUCCCGAUCUUGAUUGUCCAGCUGUAUAUACCAGAAGGAGAGGUGUACUGGUUUUAUCCUGUUGUUGUAAUUGCCGGAAUUUCAAUAGCAGUGGCUUUACUUUUACCAUGGUCGAUGUUGACAGACGUAAUAGACGAAUUCGUUUUGAAGUAUGGGAAAGGAAAAGAACAUAUAUUUUAUUCGUUCUAUGUAUUCUUUAGUAAACUAUCAAUAGGUGUAGGACUUGGUAUUUCUCAGGCAGUUUUAGCGUUUGGUGGCUAUAAAACUGGUGAAUGUAAACAGCCGGCGUCCGUGGCACUAGCUUUGCAGAUGUUGGUGGUACCCGGUCCUGUAUUGUUUACUCUCAUUGCAUUAGUUGCACUUUGGGCUUACCCGAUAAAUGAAACACGGAGGAAGGAGAUAAGACGUCAGAUACAAGAACUAGAGAAAACGGAAAACCAUUCAGAGCAAGCGGACAAUAGAUUUCAGGGAAGUCUCCAACCUUCUUCAACAACGGGUGACACUUCAGUCAGUUACAUAGAAUAGUGGUUAUAAAUUCAUGUAUAUAAGUCUAGAUUUUGUGCAUACUGAUUAUUUAUUGAUAGUUAAAUUGAAGAUCUGUGGCAUUUUUAAGAUGGCAUUUAUAAAAAGUAAUAAAAAGACAUAACACAAACAUGUCAACAUCGAAAUCAAAUGGCAUGUAUUCAGGUACACAUUAACUCUAAUAAAAGA